GGGAGAGGCAAGAUGGCGGGACGUUCAAAACCUCAGCUAUCAGGUCGUCUUCACUACUCUGUAAACUGUGAAUAACAAAACUAACUCCGAUACUAACACACAAACGGUUGACCGGGGCAUUGGCCGUUGUUUCACCGCCGGUAUGAACGCGGGCUGGAGGAAAGUUGACCCCCAGUCCGGUCCGACAGGCUCCUCACAGGCGGCAACACCGAGAACAAACCGGCUGAGGAGAAGUCACAGACAUACUCAGACAGCGGUGGGGAUCGAGCCUCCGAAGAACGAACUGACAGGUCCGUUUGUAUAUCCUUGAUAGUUAACUCUGUGUUUAGUGCAACAGGUAUCUAAAAUAAAACCCCACAGCUGCUGGGACGGGUACUAGCCCUGACAACGUCCCUGCCCUACAACUUAACGCCGAACUACGUUAAAAAAAUCAUACAUUUUUUAAUUUCUUAAAGACCUAUGAUACAUUUUACAAUUUAAAGUAUAAUUAAAGUACUUUUUGAAAUCCUUACUUUUCAUUCUUCAAUUCGGCCAACAUAAUUUUCACCACUUUUAUUUCUAGUCGUAUAAAAUGUCUCAUGUAUCUGCUGUCUGGCUGGACAGGUACAAGUCCUGACAACAUCCCGUCUUUCCGUGGUACACAUCGCGUAGCCAAACUGCAUUGAAAAUUCUGGCAAUUCUGUAUUGUUUUGAGGAAUUGAGACAAAUCUUACAUGAAAAAUGUUGACAAAGAAAUGUAAAAGCAUCCACAGGUCUAAGUCUAAAAUUCGGCAUUAAUGAAAUUUACUACCUAUGAUUGUAAAAAGUUAGGAUGUCCAGUGUCUCUGCAGUCUCUGGUCUAUCUGUUGUAGUGACACGUAGAGGACCCCUUUCAACGUUAUACCAGACUGCACUGAAAAUUAGUAAUUUUAAGAUUUUUUUGGAUCCAUGUCAAACACUACAAGGAAAAGAAGAAAUAAAUGAAUUUCUUAAAACCAUCUUCAUCCAUAUUUAGCCAAAUGGAUGAAUAUGUUUUCAAAUGAAGUCAUAUAUACACUCUUUCAGCAGUUGAUAUUGCUGUUUCUGAAAUUUUCUCCAGAAUUUAAGACCCCGACCAGAAUCCCAAGGCCCAAAACAGGUGGAGUUUUUAGCGUGGAGUCUCCAUGUAAUGACUCUGACUUUCAGCAGGACAUCAUCUGGGACGCCACUUCUCCCUCACCGAACAGACCAGGUAAAUUCAGACUUCCAACCCUGACUGCAGGUCAUCUCCCUACAGUGGCCUCAAUAUUAUCUUAAGCCUUUAUUUGAUUGAAAAUAGUACAUAUACUACAUAGUAGAUGUUGAAACUCAAAGAAAAAAUCAUUUUCCCAUGUAAAAUACAUGCUCAGUUUAGAUUUGAUUCCAGAAACAGAUUUCCAAUCAGCUCUUGUCAUGUUUACCAUCGUUUGUCAUCAGCUCUUCGUCUCCCUACACUCGGUAAACAUCAGUGAACCCAGGAGACCAUUUUCUGGAAGUGAAAUGUCACUCAGUUCAUGCCCGAUAGAGGAUUUCAGCCACUCUACAGUUCAGAGUCUUCUUUGUUGAAUCUUUAAUUUUAUGAUUUGCCAAAUGUUUUCAAUGGGGGACAAAUGAGGACUGCAGACAGGCCAAAUUGUCAGCGGGACUCUUCUACUUCAGAGCCAUGCUGUUGUAAUCCCUGCAGAAUGUGGUUUGUCAUUGUUUUGCUGAAAUAUGAAGGUCCUCCCUGAAAAAGUCAUUGUCUGGAUAGCAGCAUAUGUUGCUCCUAAACCUGUACAUACUGUUGUUGAGCAUUAAUGGAGCCUAUACAGAUGUGGAAUUUAGCCAUGACAUGGACAUUGAUGAUCCCCAUAACAUCAGAGAUGCUGGUUUGUAUGUUGUAUAUUGACAACAAGGGUUGGCAGCUGGGGUGGAUCCCACUCUUUUUAAAAUGGGAGAAUGUGACGUCCAUGAUUUCCAAAAAGAAUAUCAAAUUUUGAUUGAUCAGACAACAGGACUGGUUCCAACUUUCCUUCGGUUCAUCUUUAAUGGGGCUCAGGUCCAAAAAAGUUGGUGGUAUUUCUAGAUUACGUUGAUAUUUGGUUUUCUCUUUGCAUUGUACAGUCUUAACCCGCGUGUGCAAAAACUAAGAUGCACAGCUGAAGACCACUUUAGAAACAUAAACUAACAGCAGACCAAAGAGUGCAAAGGACUUAUGCAAAAUACUGGCAUCAGGUUUAUUAUGUCCUUUUGCUAACCAUUUGCAAGAGUGUGUAACUAGGAAACAAAGGUCAUAAAUAAAGCAUAAAGUUGGCUGUCCUACAAAUCAGGUGCUGAUUCAUUGAGAAAAACUGAAACUAACAGAUGGUUAUUAAUUAGUCCUUUCAGGGUCUGAUUAGUGAAUGAACUCUCCACUCCUGAAAGUAAAUUAUAAAUGUAAACCUCUAAGCCCUAGUAUGAUUACUGAAUGCUUUUGCUGCACACUGAUUCUGUUUUCGUUCACAGGUAAAAGAGGAAAAAAACCUACAGGAGUCGUGAACAUCUCUGAGAUUGUCAGCAGGAUUGCUCCCAAAGUAAAGGACGAAUUAUUAUUUUUUGUAUCACUCCUCAAAUCAGAUCAUCAGAUGCAGAUCCACUUUCAAUCUUGCUUACCGUCUGGUUGUGUUGUGUUUGUGCAGUAUGGCAGACCAAAGGUUGUGGAGCCGUCGUUACAGCAGUGGAUUGGAGACACCAUUCCCUGCACGCCAGAUGUUCAAGUCCCCAAACCAAAGAAAAGAUCACCCAGGUAGUUUCAGAUAAAGAAAACGUGUACGCGGGCCAAGAUCAGUUUCCAUUAAUCCUCUGUGAUCAUUUAUCUAUCAAUCAAAGCUUUGGGUAUCUUGAAAGGCGCUAUAUAAAUGUAAGAUAUUAUUAUUAUUAUUAUUAUUAAUCUUUUAAUUUGUUCUUUGUCUUUAUUGGAGUUUAAUAUGGACGAGCCUCUUCUGAUUGUCUUAACUUGGUUCACUUUUUAAUGUGCACCACAAUAAAUUUUAAGAACUAAUAAGAACUUUAUUUGAAAUUGAAUAUUUAUUUUCAAACCCUAAAAGAAGUUUCAGGAAUUUGGUUCUCUCAAAUGAGAUGAGAUCGUUUAUUUAUAUGAGCAUUGGUGUGUAUUUAAACUGUGGGAACCCCAAUUUAAUAAAUUUACCAGUUGACCUCAAAAAUUUCAAAUAUCUACAAGGAUGUUCUGAGUAUUCUUGAAAGCCAAAAAUCAUUAUUCGUCAUAAAAGUCAUAUAAGUGAGAUAAAGUCAUGAUGAUUUUGUUGUUAAUAUCGAAUAAAUAUCAAAUAUCAAAUAAAUGAAAUAAAAAAGCAUAAUUAUGAGAUUAAAGUUGUAACCCUGAGCUAAAAAAUCUUUUGUGCACUAAAAGUUUCUUCUGUGAUUUAAAAGCUCAUUAUAAUGAGAUACAGUAAUUCACAAGAUAUGAAGUCCGAUUGUGAGACAAGAAGUUAUACUUUCAGGAGAAAAGUUCAUAACUUUCGGUUUUAAGUUUUAGUCAUAAUUAUGAAAGAAAUAAUCCCAAAUAAUAAAAAAGUAAGUUGUAAGUAUGAGAAAUAAAAAGUCAUAUUACUGAGAUUGAGGAGGACAGAAACCUGCUGAGAUCAAGAGUAAAAUUAUGAGCAAAAAGGCAAAAUUAUUAAAUAAAUAGUCAAAACGAUGGUAUGAAAGUUAUGAGAUAUUUAUAGCAUCACAGUCGAUGAAGGGCAAUUAUGGGAAAGUAGGUGAUUAUUAUGAGAGACAUUAUGAGAGAGAGGUCUUAUCACAGUGAAAUAAGUCAAUUAUAAGUUGUGAGAUUCAAAAAGUCAAUAAGAUAUACAAAGUUAAAUGUCAUUUCUGCAAAUUUAAGAGAAAUCAUAAUUCUGAUGAAGAACUUUAUUGAUCCCUGAAGGGAAAUUCAAUAGGAGUCAUCAUUAGGAGAUAAUAUGUUAGAUAUAAGGUAAAAAGUCAAUAAUAUUUAUUCAAAAAGUCUUAUUUAAAAAUUAGUAUAAUAAUGAUAUAAAAUCUAAGGUAAAAGGUCAUAGUUCAUAUUAAAAAAAAGCAUAAUUAUAAUUUUUUUUGUUUGUUUGUGUCUCGCAGACCAAACGGCGUAGAUGACCUGCUGAAGCUGGCCCAACAGUUUGACUUCAACUUGUUUCAUCAGGGUGAGGAGGAGGAGGUGGAGGACCUUCAUCAGCAGAGUCUGCAGCUGCUGCCAGACGACAGCCUGGACUUUGAGAACGACUUUCCCCCUUCAAUUAAAAACCAUCAGCCUGACAAGAGGAUCAAACACACCCAGCCAGAUCUACAAAUGGAAGACGACUUAGACUUCCUGUUUGAUGGACCUACUCAGCAAACGAGCAGAAACUUCAGUCAGGUGUCACAAGAAAAACUUCCUCCCGGUGUGUCAGCGAAUGAAGCUCCAGUGAAGGCAUCAGAACCGUCACACAGAGCGACAAAUGUUAAAGGUGUUCCUGCAAGCAAUGAGUUUGAGGAUGACUGGGAAAACGAUGAUAUCCUGAAUGACUCUUUGGUUUUGGAGAUGACUCAGAAUCCUCAGAUCUUUGCUGCUCCGAGACACUGUUCAACCCAGAAACCCCUGGGCCAAAUAAAAGAUAAAUAUCCUACGAAUAUUCCUGUCAGUGUGGGCUCAAGCUCAGCUAAAGUGGAAAAGAAAAACGCAAGGCAGAGAUCGACCUUUAAAUUGACGUCUAAUCCUCAUUUCUCUCCUAAAAGAAGCCAGACAGACACUUGGACAAACUCGAAGGUGGAUUACAGCUCAAAAGCAGCAGGUAAAGACACUCAGCAGGACAAAUUUGGCGCUCUGGAGGGGAAUGGAUCUCAGUGCAGCUGGCAGAAACCCAACACAGUUAGGUCAGAUCCACAAAAAACACAGUUUAAACAAAGGACUUCUGUUUCAAACGUCAAAUACAGCACGACAUCUGCUCCAAAACCAGCUCCACGCUUCCCACAGAGCCCUGCAGUAGCUUCAUCCCGCAGUGAGGCUGCAGUUUCCGACUUUCUCGACGAGGACCUGAACUCUUUCUUCUCGUCCGACCCGAUCUGGGACGACCCCGCUGAUGACGACCUGCUGUGUGAGAUGUGUGAAGACGUGGAGAACCAGGUCCAAAAGAUCCCCACCAAACAAAUUCCCCCCAUAUCCACCUCUAGAGAAGCUCUACAGCCCACCGUGAGGACCAGGGACAAUGGGACCAAACUGCCGGCCAAUCAGAAACCUUUUACCCAGAAACAAACUCAUCAAACUCCUCCUCCUUCUCUUGCAGCCAGAGGUUCUCAUGCGCACGGUUUUGUCUCCAAUGCAGCUGCAGGUGUACAAAUAAAAACAGACUCUUUUAGAAACACACAAAAUAAAAACACUUCAGGGUCCAUGAAUAGUUCAGCAGGUCUGCAAGCGAGUAGCAGGGUUCUGUCUUCACGGGCGGGUAACUUUCAGAAAGACCAGUUCACCUUUAAGAGGCCAAGCAACCUGGUUUCUACAGCCAGCGAUAAAGGUAAGAACACCUUCAGUGAGAGUAAAAACCACGAUAAUCGAGACUGAACAAGAGUUUUGGACAUGGUAAGAAAAAUGUGGACUCUUCCUUUAGACCUUUGUUUUUCCUUUUGUGUUUCUCUGCAGUUUUGGGCAAAUGUUCGGCUGCAGAGAUUGAGCUGAAGAAGCAGCAGGCGAUGGAGAGGCGACGACAGAGACUGCAGGCUGCGCAAAACCCCUGAGCUCCUACCUGAAGGGAAAAAGGACAAAGAAAAGCCCGUGAGACAACGUAUAAACAAUAUCUAGACUCACCUUCAUGAAGGUUAAACUGGCUGUUUAUCAGCUCUGUUCACCUCUAACGACUGACUCUGAAAUAUUAAAUAUUUUCAUAAACAUUUCUCUCACAUUAAUGUUUCUGUAAGAUUUAGCUUAGAGUUUAUGUUCUGGUUAUCUUUAUUUUUUGCAAUCACACCAUGUCUUUCUGUAUUUUAAAGAAGGUUGGACAUUUUUGGAGAUAAGCUCAUUUAGUUCCUUUAGUCCAAAGUAUCUUUUCAUCACUAAGUUUUAAAGGUUUUAGGCGAGGUGUUUCCCUUUAUGCUAAGGGUCUGGUAAGAGAAGGCACUUCAAUACUAAUACUAAAAAAACUGCUCUUAAGUUUUUGAAAGUACUUACCACCUUCUAACCCCUCACUCAGUUCCACUUUAAAGGUCUGUUUCUAAAAAGUGAGAUAGCAAAAGCCCGUUACUGCCAACUAGAAACUACAGCAAAGACUUCGCUCCCCCCCAAAAAAAUCAUCUUUUAAAGAAAAAAGUGUUUCAGGAAAGUAAGUUUUGAUUGUGUGGUAAAAUCCCAAAACAAAAGCCAAAAAUCUCUAUGAGGAGAUACAGUUGUGGUCAUGAAAUGAAACUUGUUUCUUUGAGGUACAACGUUGAAUUUAUGUGACUCUGACUGCUGUGACAAAUUCUUAACUGUGAUUAAAAAUCAUUAUUAUGAGACAAAAGAGUCAAUAUGUGGAGAAAGGUUAAAAAAUGUGAUAAAAAGUCCUACAUUUUAGUGUCAAAACUCACAACUGUAGAAAUAUAAAGUCAAUAUCAGAGCAAAAAAUGAUACUACGUAAAAGUCUUAAUCAAACAUCUUAGAAGUCAAAAAGUCAUCUGAUCAAAAUUCAUAUUAUGUGAUUAAAAAGUCUCGGUUAUGUGAUUGAAAAGUUGUAAUUGUUUAACAAACAAAGACACAUUUACCAUGUUUUAAAAGUCAAUGAAAAAAGACUGAUCAAAAGUUGUAAUUAUACAACAAACAGUCAUAAUUAUGUGAUAAAGUAGUUGUGUGAGAAAAACUCAUAAGUUUGUGCAAAAAGUUGUAAUUGUGUUUUUAUUACAUAUUCUAAACUUUUAGACAAAAAAUCGUUUUCACAGGAUAUAAAGUUACUGUUAUAGAGGGAAAGUUGAAAUUAUUAGACUAUAGAUUUGAGAUUUAAAAAAAAAAAGAACAAGAAUUUUUUCUUGAAAAUUUUACUUUUUCACUUUUAUUCCCCAACAUCUCAUUAUUGGUUGGUUUUUCUCAGUAUGGCUUUUUAUUUUUAUAUUUGACUGUUUGUCUCUUAAUUACCACUCUUAAAGUUGAGAUGUUUUUCAUCAUGAUAUCAGUUUUUUUUAAAUAAUUAUGACUUUCGAUCGCAACUGUUUGUCUCAUCGCUACAACUUUUCAUCUCAUAACUGUGACUUUUCAUCUCAUGACAGUUACUUUUUUUCUACAUUAUUGUCACUUCUAUAUGCUAACUAUGACGUCCGUCUCAAUUCUGACUUUUAGUCCACUAAUUAUGACUUUUAAUCGUAAUUCCGACAUUUUAUAAAUAACAUUUGACUGUUGCGCCCAUUAUUUUGCUUUAAUCUCAAACUUACGACUUUGACUUUAUCUCAUAAGUAUGACUUUCAGGCCCAUAACAAAGACAAUCAGGUAAACUGUUUUUUGGGCACAUAUUUAAGACUAAUUGUCCCGACUUUUCAAAGAUUUUCACUUGAUCUCAAAAAUUGAUUAAGAAUUGCUUAAAUCACAAAGUCUCCGUUUCGAACCUUUAUGAUGUCACUUUAACCUUUUGUUUUAUGAUCGUGACUUGCCCACACUUUUGACUUUUUUCUCAUGACUUUAAUCUUGACUAUUUCACAUUGUUAAACCUUUUCUCAAUAUAUUAGUUAAACUUUUCCCCCUUUUUUUAACAGAAUAGUUUAAAUUUUUGUUGUUUUUAUCCUUUCCAGCAGAAAUGGGCUUUCAGGGAGAAUAUCUUUAAACAGAAUAAUGAAUGAAUCCCUCUGAAGCAUAAAAUGAAAAUGUGACUGUUGAUGUAGCUUUUAUGCUAGGCUAAUGGGGAGCAGAAGACUCUCCGAAAAAACAGACUGUAUAAGAUAUUAAAGCUUUAGCGCUAAAUAUUUUUGUUUUAGUUUUUGAUCAAGAGUGCAAGUCUGUCCUGACUUCAUUUUGCUCUCUGUCUCUCUGUCUCUCUCUCUCUUUCAGCGUAUGUUCACUGAUGCACUUUAACUGAUUUGUAUGUUUAACCAAUAAAGUUCUUACUGUUGGUGUCA